UGUAUUCUUGUUGUUUUCACUUGUUUUAAUAUAUGCAGUCUAUGAUUGUUUCAUGGCAAAUGUCUUCCAGUGAAGUCCUACAACCCGUUCUGUUGUGAGUUUCGUAAAUUGUAAGUGUUAAUUGCUGUUAUUAUGGGAGUACAGGGACUGUGGAGGUUACUGGAGAGUACAGGGAAACCAGUCAACCCUGAGACACUGGAGGGGAAGAUCCUUGCUAUUGAUAUCAGUAUAUGGUUGAACCAGGCAGUGAAGGGGGUGAGGGAUCGUGAAGGCAACAGUGUCCAGAACGCCCACCUCCUCACCCUCUUCAACCGCAUCUGUAAGCUGCUCUUCUUUCGCAUCAGGCCAGUCUUUGUGUUUGAUGGAGAUGCCCCAAUACUGAAGAAGCAGACACUUGCCCUGAGAAGGCAGAGGAAAGAGGAGUUGACCUAUGAGUCCAAACAGACCAACGAGAAACUUCUCAGGACAUUCCUAAAGAGACAAGCUAUCAAAGCUGCUCUUGGAGAACGCAGUGAGGAUCCUCUACCGAGCCUCUCCAGUGUGAGAAGAAAUGAGGUGGACGACAUGUACAUUCUGCCAGCCCUUCCACCAGCAGAGGACAGGGAAAAAAGCAGCUCAGAGGAGGAGGAGGAGGAGGUGGAGGAGAAAGAAUGUGAGCCUGUGGUUGACAGUUAUCACGUGUACCAGGAAGAACUGUACGAAAACCCAAACUCUGUGGACAUCAACUCGGAGGAGUUUGCCAGCCUGCCUCCAGAGAUGAAACAUGAGAUACUGAAAGAAAUGAAGGAGUUUUCCAAACGACGGCGGACCAUGUUUCACAAACCUCCAGAGGGUUCAGGAGACUUUUCACAGUACCAGUUGGCCGGCCUGCUGCAGAGAAACCGGCUGAACCAGCGACUGGAGGGGGUUGAGAAAGAGAUGAGCCAGCAGAGUGCUGGCAGCGCUCCGGAGCUCUGCCAGCAGGACGGAAGUCAGCUGAGUCACAGCGUUGAGUCAAAGCGACUGGUCUCAGAAGACAACUCGCACUAUAUUCUUAUUAAAGGCUCCAAAAAGAAUGAUGGCCCCCCAGAGAGCCGACCGGCAGCUGCUCCCUGGGCUGGGAGCUCCCUGUCAGGCUGCAGAAGGACGGCGGACAAACCCGAGCCCCUGUGGCGACCCGUCGGGGAAGAUGAAGAGCAAGCACAAGGGAGCUCCUCAGCAGUUUCCAAACCCUUUGCAGCAAAGCCAUCUCAGAGAGAGACAUCCCCACCUUCGCCUCGGACACUCCAAGCAAUCCAGGCUGCCAUGAACGAGAGCUCAGACGAGGAGAGGGCAGGGCAGGUUGAGAAGGAUGGCAGCGUGUCUCCACGUACACUCCAGGCAAUCCAGCAAGCUCUAACCGAGGAGGAAGGAGGAGCAUGUAGAUCAACUGCCAAACCUGCUCCACUAGUGGUCAUCAGCAGCUCAGACGAGGACACACAACCUUCAGCCAAAGAAAAAUGUGAUGUGAAGAGAAGCAUAACAGCCCAAAGUUCAUAUGACAACGAUACUUUGUUGAACAGUAGUUCUGAAGAUGAGAUGAAGGAAGGGAUUGGACAGAAAAAUAAAGACCUCAGAUUUUCAGUGUUGCAACAAAAAUCCCAGACAGAGGAGUCAGAAAAGAAGCAUGAAAGACCAACAGAAAAGCAAAAAGAGCUGGAGACAAGAGAUUCAGGGUACAAACCACUGAUUACUGCUGAGUCCAAUCGGAACACAUUAGCCAUCAAUGUCUCUCCUCAGCCGUGUGGAAAACCUGUCAGCGCAGACACUGGCGUUCCUCCAGCACCCUUAGAUCGGAGGGAGGACAAGCUUGCUGAAGCUACAGAGGAGGCACAAGAAGUUACAACAAAGCUAGCGAGCAGCGAGGAAAGCGAGUCCGAGGAGAGUUUCAUGGAAGUGUCAGAGGAGGAAUUUAAAGAGGAGGAUGAAGCUGAUUCAUUUGUAAAAACUGGAGAGAAAAGACUGCCAGAUGAGGAGCUGCCAGAUGAGGUCUCUAAAGAUGGAAGGAAGAAGGAGGAGGAGUCAGAGGGAAGUUUAUCCAAGGCCCUCAGCCGUUCAGCGACUGCCCUGAAGUCAGAGGAUGAAGAUGAAGAACGUCAGAAAGAAGAGAAUGAGCAGAAGGAGGGAGCAGACACAGAGCGCAGACCAACACCAGCACUGAAUGAGUGGCAGGACCUUGACAUGGAUGAGCUGGAGGCUCUGGAGAACUCUCUGCAGUUGGAGCAGAACAACCUGAGGGAGCAGAAGCAGCAGCAAGAAAGAAUGGCCAACACAGUCACCGGGCAGAUGUACAUUGAAAGUCAGGAACUGCUGCAGCUGUUCGGCGUGCCGUUCCUGGUGGCCCCGAUGGAGGCCGAGGCUCAGUGUGCAGCCCUCGACCGAGCCGACCAGACGAACGGCACCAUCACAGACGACUCUGAUGUGUGGCUGUUCGGAGGACGCCACGUUUACAAGAACUUCUUCAACCAGAACAAACACGUCGAGCACUACCAGUACGAUGACCUGCAGAUCCAGCUGGGUCUGGACAGAACUAAAAUGAUAAAUCUGGCUUACCUACUGGGAAGUGACUACACGGAGGGCGUGCCAGGAGUGGGGUACGUGACUGGCAUGGAAAUACUCAAUGAGUUUCCUGGAGCAGGUCUGGAGCCUCUAAUCCAGUUCAGUAAAUGGUGGUCAGAAGCUCAGGAGAAAAAGCGUCUGGUGGGUGAUCCCCGGCAUACAAAGGUUAAGAAGAAACUGAGGGACUUAAAACUGCAGCCUGGAUUCCCAAAUCCCACUGUAGCUCAGGCCUACCUGCAACCUGCCAUCGAUCAGUCAGACAGCUCCUUCAGCUGGGGACGGCCACAAGUCGAUAUGAUCAAAGAGUUCUGUCUGAGUCGUUUUGGCUGGAACAGUCGACGGACAGAAGAGACUCUCCAACCUGUCAUGAAACAGCUCAACAGCCACCAGACCCAGCUGCGCAUAGACUCGUUCUUCCACCUGGAGCAGCAGGAAAAACAGGCAAUCCGCAGCCAGCGACUCCGCCGAGCAGUUACCUGCUUAAAAAGAAAAGAGAGGGACGGAGGAGGGGACGAGGGCAGCGAGGAGGAAACCCAUUCUCCAACAAAGUCUAACAGAGAGAGUGUGAAGAACGGACAGGAGGAGAGGUCUGUGCCAGGCCGAGGGUUCCUGUGUCCGGAGCCAGUUCGUGAAUCUCCUUUGACAUCAGUCGCGGGUGUCUGCAGCCCUGGCCGGGAAUCCUGCUCGGGAAAGGCCGUUCCUCAGCCGGCUAAGUCUCUUCCUCAGAGGAGCAAACGAAACAGCAGUAGCAGUAGCAGCUCUGACGAGGACAAUGAUGGUGAUGGGAAAGUUGCCAUGGUUACAGCUCGAUCUGUGUUCCAGGGCAACAGACGAGGCCGUGGAGCGAAAGGCACAAGAGGAAGAGGAAGCACGAGGGGGAAAGGGAGAGGGAAGAAGCAGUGAUUACCUCAAAUUUAACUUGAACAGAAACUAAUAUUAAAUAUGAAAGAAACGCCUCCAGAUGUCUUUGAUAUCAUAUUUAAUGUUUAAGGGGUUAAAUAAUAAUGAAUUCUGUAAACUAUUUUAUUUUACUAUGUUUUUCUUGUUUGGAGAUAUUUGUAUGAAAAAAAAAUAUUUUGCAUUACAUUUUUUAAGGAUUAUUUUCUCAUGUAUAUAUCACCUGUC